AUGUCGGCGGAUCAGUCCAAGGCAUCCUCAUCGGCCUCUUCCAGCCCUCACGAGCCUCCUCAACCACCCGCCGUUGCCCACUACCCUCCAGCAGCUUAUGGCGGCCACUAUCCACCGCCGGGGCCGUACCCACCGCCCUUCUACGCCUACCCCGUCCCAGACCCGUCUCACCACGACCCUAACAAUCCGAAUGGUGCGCCGUCGCAAUCCGUCGCGCCCUUCUUUAUGGCAGUCCCCCCGCCUCCUCCGGGCAUGGUGUAUGCGUACCCUGUUCCCCCGACAGCGCCAGGUUAUCCCUUUGCACCGGGGAUGCCUGCCCCGCAGCCGCCCCCUAAGCCGAAGAGAAAGCAGGUCAAGAUGGCGUGCACCAACUGCGCAAGUGCCUGCAAACGCUGCGACGAGGCACGGCCAUGUGAGCGCUGCAUCAAAUACGGACUUGCAGAGACUUGCGUGGACGGUGUCCGCAAAGAACGCAAGAAGGGCAUCAAGCGGGGUCCUUACAAGCGCAAGAACCGUGCUACGAGCGGAGAAGGAAGUGCAGAGGGCGGGGAGGCAACAAAUGAGCAACCGGCGGCAGUACCACCACCCCCCGCUGGUUAUCCUAUGCCGCCUGAGGGCUACUCUUUCCCCUACGUAUAUCCUCCACCAAUGGGCUACGUCCCUGCCGCACCUGACGGGCAACCACACCCUGAAGGCGCAAAUGGCGCUCCCCCCGCAAUGCACCAUCCUUUCUACCCCUCCUACCCCGCAAUGUAUCCUACCCCAUACGGAUACCCCGGUGGGCCGAUGCCGUACCCUCCCCUCAUCCCUACCCCAAUUGCAGCUUCGCCGAACGGCACUGCGAAGCCCGACUCUGCGUCUGCGCCGCCAACUGCCAAUGGUGCUUCGGUUUCUGCUGACGCUGGCAAGGGGAAGAAGCGCUCCCGCGCGAAGAAUGGGGAGGAGAGCGGGCGUGCCUCUAAGAAGACCAAGGAGGCGGCGCAGGUCGACGUGCAGCAACAACCCCCGAAUGGUGAUUCAGGGGUCGCAGGGGUUGUCCAGCUGGAGAAGGACCAGCACCCACCGCCUCAGCCCCAGCAGCCGCCUCCCCCGUCUUAUGCAGGCCACGUCGACCCGUCUACUGGCUCGGGACCUGUCGCUGCGUUCGGCGGGCCGGAGCCCAGGCCGCUCAUGGCCGCGAUGUGA